AUGGCGUUCGCCAACUUCCGCCGCAUGCUGCGGCUGUCGCACUUCGAGAAGCGCAAGUCCCGCGACUACGAGCACGUCCGCCGCGACGUGGACCCCGACGCGGUGUGGGCGAUCGUGGGCGAGCUGGGCGACGGCGCCUUCGGCAAGGUGUACAAGGCCAAAAACAAGGAGACAGGUGCCCUGGCUGCCGCCAAGGUCAUUGAGACCAAGAGUGAGGAGGAGCUGGAGGACUACAUGGUGGAGAUUGAUAUCCUGGCUACCUGCGAGCACCCCUACAUCGUCAAGCUGCUGGGGGCCUACUACUACGACAGCAAGCUAUGGAUCAUGAUCGAGUUCUGUGCUGGGGGAGCUGUGGAUGCUAUCAUGCUGGAGCUGGACCGUGGCCUGACGGAGCCCCAAAUCCAGGUGAUGUGCCGUCAGAUGUUGGAGGCUCUCGCCUUCCUGCACAGCAAGAAGGUCAUCCACCGUGACCUCAAGGCCGGCAAUGUGCUCAUGACCCUGGAGGGAGACAUCAGGCUGGCUGACUUCGGUGUGUCUGCCAAGAAUCUGAAAACGCUGCAGAAGCGAGAUUCCUUCAUUGGGACACCCUACUGGAUGGCACCGGAGGUGGUGAUGUGCGAGACCAUGAAGGACACACCGUACGACUACAAGGCGGACAUUUGGUCCCUGGGCAUCACGCUCAUCGAGAUGGCCCAGAUUGAGCCCCCGCACCACGAACUCAACCCCAUGCGGGUGCUGCUCAAGAUCGCUAAGUCGGACCCCCCCACACUGCUGACGCCGUCCAAGUGGUCCCCAGAGUUCCGGGACUUCCUGAAGUUGGCGCUGGACAAGAACCCCGAGAGGCGGCCAAGUGCUACACAGCUGCUGGAGCACCCCUUUGUCAGCAGUGUGACUGGCAACAAGGCGCUGCGAGAGCUGGUGGCAGAGGCCAAGGCCGAAGUGAUGGAGGAGGUCGAAAACGGCCAGGAGGAGGUGGAGGAGGAGGAAGCUGUGGACGCCAGCGAUGCUGCCCCUCCUCCAGGGACUCACACUCGCACUCCUUCGGAUACUAGUCAGCUGAGCCUCAAAGAUUCGUCUCUAACAGUGGCCCCUGACCACCCUCAGGACGGUGUGAAUGGGCUCAGCUCACCCCCAGCGGACAGUGUACUACCAGCCCCCUGCCUGCCAGAUGCAGCCCCCAAAGUCGAGAAUGGCCCUGUGGUGCCCGCACCCUUGCGGAAGGCCCGGCCUGUGUCAGUGGGGGCCCAGAUCCAGAACUCAGAGGAGCAGAAAACCAGUCACAGCCGCCCCAACAGCAGUGCCCUGGAGGGUCUGGCCAGCAGCGGCCUGCAGCUCCCCACCCAGCUCACUCCAGAAGCUUCCAAGAGGGACUCUGUGUGCAGUGGCAUCUCUACCUCUGAGAGCAUCGAAUGCAGAGGCUCCUCUCUUUCUGCCGACCUAGCCCUCAACAGGGAGACAGGGUCCCUGUCCAUCAAGGACUCCAGGCUGUACAAGAAGACCCUGAAGCGGACACGCAGGUUUGUGGUAGACGGCGUGGAGGUGAGCAUCACCACGUCCAAGAUCAUCAGCGAGGAUGAGAAGAAGGACGAGGAGAUGCGCUUUCUCAGGCGCCAGGAACUUCGAGAACUGCGGCUGCUGCAGAAGGAAGAGCAUCGCAAUCAGACACAGCUGAGCAACAAACACGAGCUGCAGCUCGAGCAGAUGCAGAAGCGCUUUGAGCAAGAGAUCAACGCCAAGAAGAAAUUCUUCGAUACGGAGCUGGAGAACCUGGAGCGGCAGCAGAAGCAGCAAGUAGAGCGCAUGGAGCAGGAGCACGCGGUGCGCAGGCGGGAAGAGGCCAAGCGCAUCCGCCUGAAGCAGGAGAGUGACUACACCAGGUUCCAGGAGCAGUUGAAGCUGCGCAAGAAGGAGGUGAAGAACGAGGUGGAGAAGCUGCCCAGGCAGCAGCGGAAAGAGAAGCUCAAGCAGAAGAUAGAGGAACACGAACAGAAUAAGCGGCAGCUUGACCAGGACUUCCUGGCUAAGCAGAAGGAGGACCUGGAACAGGCGAUGAGGAGGGUCACGGCUGACAACAGGCGUGAGAUCUGUGACAAGGAGCGCGAGUGCCUCGGCAAGAAGCAGGGACUCCUGCGAGACCGAGAGGCAGCUCUGUGGGAGAUGGAGGAGCUGCAGCUUCAGGAGCGGCACCAGCUGUUGAAGCAACAGCUCAAGGACCAGUACUUCUUGCAGAGGCACGAGCUGCUGCGGAAGCACGAGAAGGAGCGGGAGCAAAUGCAGCGCUACAACCAGCGCAUGCUGGAGCAGCUGAAGGGGCGGCAGCAGCAGGAGAAGGCACGGCUGCCCAAGAUCCAGCGGAGCGAGGGCAAGACACGCAUGGCCAUGUACAAGAAGAGCCUGCACAUUGCGGGGGCGUCCGCCAGCGAGCAGCGGGACCGAGUGAAACAGUUCUCCCAGCAGGAGGAGAAAAGGCAGAAGUCGGAGCGGCUGCAGCAGCAACAAAAACAUGAGAACCAGAUGCGGGACAUGACAGCGCAGUGUGAGGGUAACAUGACGGAGCUGCAGCAACUACAGAAUGAAAAGUGCCACCUGCUGGUGGAACAUGAGACCCAGAAGCUGAAGGCUCUGGAUGAAAGCCAUAACCAGAACCUGCAGGAAUGGCGCGAUAAGCUCCGGCCACGCAAAAAGGCUCUGGAAGAAGACCUGAACCAGAAGAAGAUGGAGCAGGAGAUGUUCUUCAAACUCAACAACGACACAGAAUCCACAAGCCCCCAGACAUCCACCAAGUUCUUCCCAUACAACUCCAGUGAUGCAUCUUCCUGAUACCUACCCUGAAUGUGACCAGUGACUACACUUUUAUUACCUGUCCUUUGAAUUCUGACU